AUGAACGCGGAACCCUCACUGGCAGCGUCGUCUCUCGGGCAGCCGACCGCGGCUGGCGGUAGCGGUGCUCAGAGUCAACCUCAGAACCAGAAUCAAGGUCAAGGGCAGCAGCAGAAUCCGCAGAAUCAACAGCAACAACAGCAGCAACAGCAACAGCAACAGCAACAGCAGCAGCAGCAGCAGCAACAGCAGCAGCAACAGCAUCGAUCUGAGCAAGACUUUCUUAACGCGUAUAUUUACGACUACUUGAGAAAGCACAACUUGCACCAAUCGGCAAAUGUCUUCGGCCAAGAGGCGGACGUAAAGGUCCAUCCGGUCCUUAAGGGUCAGCCAUUGAGCCAGCCUGCAAGACCAACGGAUUCGGGCGAGGAGCUCAAGACUGAAAACCGAACGAACGGUGAUUCGAAACAGGGCGAUGGCGAUGAUGAGAGUAGCAAUGCGCCGAACACGCUUGCAAAGUCCGUCGGAAUCAUUGAUGCGCCCGAAGGCUUCUUGUUUGAGUGGUGGCUCAUUUUCUGGGACCUACUCUUUGCUAGAUCAAACAAGCCGGCCUCCGUUCCCGCUCAGCAGUUCAUUUCGGCCCAGAGAAUCCGCCAAGAGCAGGCCAUUCGCGCCGCUCAGAUCCAGCAGCAGCAGCAGCACCUUCCGGGCCACCUCCCCCCCGGGUACGCUCACUCGGCUGCUCUCCUUGGAGGCCGUUUGCCAAACGGAUUUCCUGAGGGUCUGUCUGAUCUUGAUAAACAACGCCAGCAGCAGCUUUCGCGGCAGGCUGCUCUUCGCUCACGCACCGGUGCGGCAGGAUUCACCCAGCAACAACUGCAAACCAUGAAACAGCAGCAGCUCUUUGCUCAGCAGGCGCAUUUGCAACAACAGCAAGCGGCGGCGGCCGCUGCUGCCGCUGGACAGAACCCGGCGGGAUCCUCGCAGCCCCCUGAUCCUGCUAGUGUGCAGUCUCCUACGCCGAAUCAGUCUUCAUCACCAUCCAAGCGACAACGGCUUUCUCCUGACGGACAAUAUGCUCAAGUGCCAUCGAACCGAUUUGUUUCGUCGACUGGCCAGCAGCCUAAUCCGGCGGCCCAGCAGAUGUUGCUCAACACCGGAAUGAAUAACGGUCCCCAGUCGGCGUUCAACUCUCAGAUCCUGAUGAAGCAACAGCAGCAACAGGCCGCAGCUCAGCAGCAGCAGCAACAGCAGUUGCAGCAGGCUCAUCAGCAUCCCGCUCAGCAGCAGCAACCGCAGCCGCAGGUGGGAGGGCCCGCCACAGGCCUUCAAGCUCAGCAGAUCCAGCAGUAUUCCGUCAACCUUCUUGGUAGCCACCAGCGUGCUCUCAUGAAUAUGAACAAGAAUCAACCGGCCGGCGCUGGUCCUCCCGGAGGACCUCCAGGUGGACCCCACAUUGCCGGUGGGUCGCCGAUGAUUGCCCAUUCGUCGUCUGAUCAGCACCCGAUAUACAUCGCUGAUGCUUAUGCGGCUCAGGGCGCUGCUGGAGGGCAGAUUAGGAUCCCUCCCGGCACGCAGCCGUCUGUUGGUGGGAACACGAAUGCUCUGCAAGAUUACCAGAUGCAGUUGAUGCUGCUUGAACAACAGAACAAACGCAGGCUCAUGGUCGCACGCCAAGAGCAGCAAGAUUCUGUUAUCAAGCAGCCAGGAUUGCCAGGAACGGCACAGCCAGGUGACUACGCAGCUAUCUCCCCUCAGCAGGGCCGACCAGCACCGUCACCACAGCCGAAUAUGGACAUGAGCAAGCGCGCCACUCCCAAACUUGCGAACGCUAUGCCGGGAUCGCCGAUGCCAGAUCAGCAGCAAAACCCGCAGAACAUGCAGCAUAACGUUGGACAGCAGCAAGGUGGAUCGCGCCACUCUUCACCUAGCAUGGGUCAGAACUUCACAGGCAUGGACCAGUUCAAUAACAUGGUUGGUGGCCAGGUGAACAAUAUGAUGAUGCGUGGUGGUGUGCAGCAGCAGCAUCCUCCUACGUUCAACGCCUCGCAUAUGCAUGGUCAGAUAAAUGAUCAAGCUGCUGGCCGGCAACAGGGUAUUGCAGGCAGGCAAGGAUCGAAUGGUGGUUUAAUUUGGACUCAGCAGCAGCAACAGCAACAGCAGCAACAACAGCAACAACAACAACAGCAGCAGCAGCAACAGCAGCAGAAUGGACAGAUGAUGGCAGGUCAGCAGGCACAAGGUAGUGCUAUGCCGGGCGGUCCGGCAGCACAACCCCGCCAACAAAAUCAGCUACAGCAGAUGCCUCCUCCUCAAGCUCCUGUUUCGGCUCCUCCCAGAACCUCCCCAUCUCCAUCUCUUGCUAAUACCCCAAUCACUGCGCCCACUCCUCCAUCUACCAAGAUGCCACCGAAAGGCAAAAAGGAACCUCAGCCUAAGAAGCGCACGAAGAAACAACAGCAAGCUGCUGCCGCUGCCGCUGCUGCUGCCGCCGCUGCGAAUGGCACGAACCCCGUUACUCCAUCUGCUACUCCGAAUGGACAGACGUCUGAACCUCCGACCCCGACUACGCCAAUCACGCCUCAGCAUGUAAACUCGUUCAACUCGAACGGGGGACAGCAGGGCAGCAGUAAUGCUGGCGCGAACCCAUUGCUGAUGAAGGCGACGACUUUCUCAGCGUCUCAGAAUGUGGCGAACAACCAACAACAGCAACAACAGCAACAGCAGCAGCAGCCGCAAGCCUCACAGUCAGCAGCUGCUUCCGGUACCCCGUCUGCGAACCCGUCGAUGGGCUCUGUUGACGCUGCUCCGCCUUCGUUCCUGGAUGCUGACGCGCCUUCGUUCUUGACUGAGUUUGGCGCCGGCGGCGAGAAUGAUAUAACCGACCUGGAUUUCGAUAUCAACACUUUCCUGAACACGGAUGAUUCUACUUCCGGCGGCCUGAAUUUCGAUCCCUCGAGUGCCUUUGCAUGGAAUGAGAGUGUCGAGGCGACUGGCGAAGUCUGA